AUGGAGAUUGAAGCACGCCACAGCGAACUGCGGAAGCGGCUCGAUGGUCUUGGCUUUGGCCAUCCACUGCCACUGAGCGCAAUCGGGAUCGUUUCAGCUAUUUUGGACGAUCUCAUACAAACAUCGGAAAAGCUGAAAAAUGCCAACCACAAAAUCGAACAGCUGCACCAGGAAAAAGCUGCCUGGGAGCUUGGUGUGGAACCGUACAAGUGCGACAAUUCCCGCCUGUUGGCUGAAUGCAAUGAGCUGCAUCUGGAGUUGAUCAAGCAACAAGAUAAACACAUCCUGGCGAACACGGAACUGCGAUCGCGCGUACGAUCGUUGCAGGCGGACAGGAAGCACCUGGAGGAAAAAUGUCUACAAGCGGAGUGUAAAAUCCGGGAGCUACAAGCGACAGGCGCUAGCGAGAGUGUGAAAUCGCGCAAGGAUAGCACCAACAAGCAGCGUAAACCGUUCAUAUCGACUGUACGGGCGGGUUCCUUUUAUCAACCGCCAAAGUGCUGUGAACAGGGCAUGCAACAGUCCGGAUCCCUUCCACAAACUUGCCGAUGUCCGUGCAAUCAACUGAAGCAAGCGGAUGUACUGCACGAGGUCGAACGAUUGCGCGUUGAAACGCAAAACCAGCAAGGAGUCAUCGAUGCCCUCAAGAAUCAGGUAAAUUCCCGCGACAGGGAAAUUCAGCGCCUCGGUGCACUAUUUGCCGGGGGACGUCCAGCUGCGGCACUGGCCAAAGAUUGUUGCUAUCGUGACGUUAACGAGCUCGGUCAUGAUGUUGCUACGUUGCAACAGGAAAAGUUAUCACUCCAACAGGAGCUGCACCAGCUACAGGAAUCUCACGAACGCACUGCCGGUAAGCUUACCCGGCUGUCGGAAAAGAAUCGCCAGCUUGAGGAGGAUUUGCGUAAAUUUGAAAACGUCGCGCUGAAGGUUGAAUCGGAAGCGAAUUUGAAUAUUCUUGAGCGCGAUCGCAAGAAUUCGGACCUGCAGCUUAAGCUUCAGCAAUCGCUACUACGCGUACGGGAACUAGAAUCGCUUGUAGAGCUAUGUUCGGGUGCAAACAAAGUCCAUCGCCUAUCGGAUACCUCCGCAUCAUCUUCAUCGGCUGUUGCUGGCUGCGGAUCGGAUACGACGUUGCAAAAUGCGCUAAAGCAUGCGGUAGAAGAAAAGCGUCUGCUCUACAAACAACUGAACGAAGGGAAAGAUCGCGAACAGUCGCUUCUGGCGGACUUUGAAAAAGUGAAAUCGAAAUACACCAGGCUUAAGCAAAAGUAUUCCGCUCUAGAACAAGCACAACAGCAACAGCAUCAUGCAAAAGGUAGUAGCACUGAAAGGCAGGUCGAGCUACAAGCGUUACAGUAUCGAUAUACGGAAUUGGAGGAGAAAUUGCGACACAUGAAGGAAGAGCGUGAUCGGUAUAGUUCGGACGCGGAACGUCAGCGUAGCGUUGUGACACAAUUGAAACGGGAAAGCUUACAAAAGGACCACGAACUAGCGGACCUUAAGAGUGAGCUCCACACGCAUCGAAAGCUAAAUCCUCGCCCAGUUACAACAUCCAGUUCGGGCGCAGGAAGGAUAAAGACGGCUGAUUCGAUUGGUUCCGUACAAUCGUCACUUUCCGUACAGGCGGCUAUUAAUCGAAUCGAGCGGGAAAGAGAUGUGGCAAAGGAUGAGGUACGGCAGCUAGAGCUGGAACGUGAUGCGCUGCGUGAGAAGCUAAAAUUGUCCACUCGGAGUCAGCAAAGUGAGCAGACCAAGCACGAUAAUGCGCUGGCUGAGUAUGUUGGACAGAUAGCGAAGCUGGAAGCGGAAAAGCGUGAUCUUCAUAGUGGCCUAGCGGCGAGCAAGAUGAAUGUGAAGCUGCUGAAGGAAGAAAAUCGGGAGUUGCAGAGCCGUGUGAAGGAGCUGGAGGAAAGCUAUAGUCAGCUGAAGCUUUCCCACUCUCAUUUGAAAAUACUGCAGGAGCAAGCUGAAACUGCCCUAAUGCAGUAUCAAAAUCGUCUUCUUUGCACAGAAACCCAGCUAGGUACGACCGAGAGUAAGCUUCUGCACGCUGGGAGCAGUGCCGAGGAUGCACAGCAUGAGGUUGGCAAGCUAAAGAGCGAUAUCAGUGUUCUGAAGGCUUCGAAUGCAGCGCUUGUACGAGAGAAAGACAGACUAUUGGUUGAGUUGGACAAGAAGACGGAAAAUUUGUUUGCGGUCGAAGCGGAACUUUCCGACAUGAAGACAAAGCGGAAAGAUCUUCAAUCGACAAUUGACAAGAUGCAGCGGAAGCUUGACAACGUUAGCUCGGACAACAUCCACAAGGAAAGCACACUGCGAAGCGUUUCUACCGAAACCGACACGCUUAAAAAACAGAUGGCGACUCUGAAGCGUAAAAACGAUAACGCUUCGACAGAGAAUGGACGCCUGUCGAAUGAGCUAACGGAUGCCCUUGCCGAACUGACGCUAACGAAGCGGCAACUUAAGGAUUCUCAGCAGGAAGUGGAACGGAUGAAAACGCAAUUACGCGAAUACGUACAGGAGAUGCAGCGUGCCGAAGAGUUGCUGUCAGAGAAGGAACGUGAAAGAGAACAGAUGCUGGACCGUUACAGAUCUCUUUCUGAAGGAGUUAACGUACUAGAGACGAGCAAUCAUACACUCGAGGCAGAAACCAGUGAAGCAAGGAAACUGCUACAGGAAGCGGAAGAGCGCAUCGUCACAAUGGUGGAGCUGAUGAACGAGCGGGAGCAAAACAUACGCGAGUGUGAGCAUCAGAUAACUGAACUGUCGGCAAACCUGGCCGCUGCCCAAUCGGAGCUGGAUGCACUGCGGGAAGAGAACAAUUCACUAGCGAUGGAUUUAGAAGCCACCAAGGAAUUGUGCAAUAAGCUCGAUUUGCAAAAGGACAAGCUGCAGGCGGAGUUGGAAGAACAUUCUAACAUACGGGAACAGCUCGCUCGCGAGAAGGGAACGUUGCAGAAGGAGCUAACGGUUGCACGCACCGGUGACCGGGCAACGGUGGACGGGCUUCAGGAACUGCUUGCCGCUAGCCGGACCGAAGUGGAGCAGCACCGUAUAGCACUGGCAAAUCAGCAACAGGAAACGGAAAAGCUACGUACGGAGGUGGACACAUUGCGGCGGCGAUUAACCGAAGAGCAGGAAACGGCACGCCGUAGUGAAGCACUGGCCAGCGAGUACAGUGUGCAGGUGCAGGAACUCAGACGACGCAUCACGGACGAACAGUUUGCCCAGAUACGGUCCCGCGCUGAGGAGUCAACGGAGCGCGAAGACGUCGAAGAAGAUGACGAGGACGAUUGCAACAGGUAUUCGACGAUGUAACAUUCCGCGUUAGAACAGAUAA